GCCGGCGCGUCCUUUAGGCCCAUAGAUUGUAAAAGAGCUGUGAGGGUCAUAAGAGAAAACAGAUCAGAGGACGUAUUGAAAUGGCUUUUCGAUCUGGAACGCUACUCGUUUUACGUAGCAGCGUUGGUUCCAGGAUCACGACACCUGUGGCCCGGUUUCAUCUGAGCUCUCAAAGGAAUCUUCAGUAUGGGUGGUUGGCUUACAUUCUUGGGGAACGAACCACUCCACGGUUCAAGGAGUACAGCAAGAUCAUCACAGUUGAUGGAAACUUAGCCUCUGGAAAAGGGAUGCUGGCUCAGAAGUUGGCAGAGAAGCUUGGCAUGUUGUACAUGCCAGAGCCAGAUAUAUAUUACUGGAAUAAAAAGACAGGAGGAAACGAGCAUCUAAAUUUGAAAUUUACUGGAAACUGCAGUCUGGAGAAGUUUUACAAGGACCCAAAAUGCUUGGAUGGAAACUCUUACCGUCUGCAGUCGUGGAUGUAUGCCAUUAGACUCCUGCAAUAUUCUGAUGCUCUAGAACAUCUAAUCACAACAGGUCAAGGUGUCAUUUUGGAGCGUUCUCCUUAUAGUGACAUGGUAUUCCUUGAGGCAAUGCUGAAGGAAGGCUAUAUCAGAAAACAGUGUGUGGAUCAUUAUCAUGAAAUUAAGGGGAUCAGUAUUUGUGAAUUCCUUCCUCCUCAUGUUGCCAUUUAUAUUGAUGUUCCUGUGGAAGAAGUGCAAACGAAACUCAAGCAGACUGGAAAGCCUUAUUUACAAAAUGUGUCAUCUACUUAUUUGAAGGCUAUUGAGGACUCCUAUAAAAAAUCCUUCCUUCCAACAAUCAGUGAAACAUCUGAAGUGCUGGUGUAUAAUGCACAUCAGUCACAAGAUAUUGAGAGGGUGACAGAAGAUAUAGAAUUCCUGAAAUUCGAAAAGGGUCCAUGGUUAGAGCAGGAUGAUAUCUCCUUCCAUCACCUCCGAAUGCUGGUAGAAAAUAAGGAGAGGGUGACUGACCUCAUUUGUAUCCCGAAAUUCCUCCCAGAGAUUACAAUAGGAGCUCAUGAAUAUGAUGAAGCCUAUUAUGCUUAUAGAUCGCUUCCUGGCAAGAAAUACUGUCCUGGAUACAAUGAGGACGUGGGGGACAAGUACAUCUGGCUGAAAUAAAGCUGCACCUGCCAUUGUAGUCCACGCUGUAACAGGGAAAGCAUUCAGCCAUCGCAGAGAGUGCCGGACGUCUAGCCGGCUCCCAUCCUGUGGUACUGUUGUUAAUUCUACACCAUUCUGGGAUUCUUGAUUCCAGCUGUAUUAUAUAAAUUAAUAAAUGAAAAUAUUGCCAAGUU